ACUCGCAGAGACCAUCGUUUGAGCCUCAACCUUCUUCUCUCCUUGCAGACUCACACACCUCACUCUUCUCCCUUUUCCGAUUUCGCUAUUUUGAAACCCUAGAUUGCUUCUUCCUUUCGCGCAAAGGGAACACCGCACUCUCAUUUCACGAAGAGGCCUAUCUUGCAGGUGUUUUGGAGUUGAAAUAAAAUGAGUGGAACAGAGAAAGGAGGAUCUGGAACCACCAAGACCCCUGCUGAUUUCCUCAAAUCCAUUCGUGGGAGGCCAGUUGUUGUCAAGCUCAAUUCUGGUGUUGAUUACCGAGGUAUCCUUGCUUGCCUAGAUGGCUAUAUGAAUAUUGCAAUGGAACAGACUGAGGAGUAUGUCAAUGGACAGCUGAAGAACAAGUAUGGUGAUGCAUUCAUUCGAGGGAAUAACGUUCUAUACAUCAGUACCUCAAAGAGGACACUAGCAGAAGGGGCAUAGGAAGUGUAGGAAUCCAAAUAUUUUAGGUCUGGAAGACGCUUAUGACUUUUAAAUUCGUAUUGAACCGCCUUUAUGUUGCAACUUUUGCCUGUUAUUCUGAAGCUUGCUGAGCU